CACGUUCGACACAUUGCCUUCUCUUUGUACAAGGAAAUGCAAUGAGAUACACAACACAAAAAGAGAACAAUUUUCUUUUAAAAAUAAUUUCCCCCUUGUCAAAGCAAAGAACUUUUCUGAAGAAAGACAGACAUAUUUCAGGGAAAAUAAAGAGAAGAUAGAGAAAAACAUAAAGUUGGGUUUGUUUCAGCAAAGAAAUCUCUUCAAAACAACCCAAAUUCUCUCUGCAAUUCUGUGGGCUGGAAUUUCUGAGGGAUCAAUGACUUUUCCCAGGACCAUUGCUGGGUUCGGUUGGAGCACUGGCGAUAAUGAUGAUUCAAAUUCAGGCAAUAUUCAGUAUCGUAAAAUAAUAGUAGCAAAUUUUCUACCACUUGUUCAGAGAAAACAUGAAGAAAGCGGGAAAUGGGAUUUCAAAUGGGAUGAAGAUUCUCUUCUAUUACAGAUGAAAGAUGGAGUUUCUACCGAUGCUGAAGUCAUAUAUGUAGGUAGACUAAAAGUUGAUAUAGAUCACAACGAGCAGGACGAAAUUGCUCGAAAUUUAUUCAAUGUUUUUAAGUGCAUUCCAACUUUUCUUCCUUCUGAUCUCCAAAGGAAAUUCUAUCAUGGCUUCUGUAAGCAACAAUUAUGGCCUCUUUUUCACUCCAUGCUUCCUGUGUUCCACAACCAAUAUGAACUCAUUGACCCGUCUCUUUUCAGUGCGUAUAUUUCCGCAAAUAAUAUUUUUGCAGACAAAGUAGUCGAAGCCAUAAGAUCUGAAAAUGACUGUGUCUGGGUUCAUGAUUAUCAUCUCAUGCUUCUUCCCACUUUCUUAAGAAAGAAGGCGAAGAAUGUGAAGCUUGGGUUUUUUCUCCAUAGCCCUUUCCCCUCCUCCGAGAUUUACAAAACUUUACCUCAGAGGGAAGAUAUUCUCAAGGGGUUGCUUAAUGCUGAUCUGAUUGGUUUCCAUACUUUUGAGUAUGCUCGGCAUUUCCUUUCUUGUUGUAGCAGGAUGCUAGGCUUCAACUAUGAAUGCAAUCGGGGUUAUCUUGAGCUCGAGUAUUUUGGUAGAACAGUAAGCAUCAAGGUUCUUUCUAUCGGUGUUCAUAUUGGCAGGAUACAGUUGGUGUUGAAUCUUCCUAUAACUAUAUCCAAGGUUCAAGAGAUUGAGCAGAAGUUCAAGGGGAAGAAGUUGAUCUUAGGCGUAGAUGACCUGGACAUAUUUAAAGGUAUUAGUCUUAAAUUAGAAGGAUUUGAGCUUUUCCUAGAGAGAAAUCCUGCUCUAAGAGGACAAAUAGUCCUAGUUCAAAUUAUAAAUCCCGCUAGGAGCACGGGGAAAAAUUAUACAGAAGCAAGGAUAGAAGCUAUGAAAACUGCUGAAAGGAUCAAUAUCACUUAUGGAAAUGAAGACUACAAACCUCUAAUUCUUGUUGACAAGGCUCUUCAGUCCUUUGAAAAAUUUGCUUACUAUGUUGUGGCAGAUUGUUGCAUUGUGAAUGCUUUUAGGGAUGGCAUGAAUUUAGUCCCAUAUGAGUAUGUUGUUUGCCGUCAGGGAACUGAAACAAUGGAUAGAUGUCGGGGAAUUAAGCUCGGAUCUCGUCGAAGCAGUCCACUCAUUGUUUCAGAGUUUAUAGGUUGUUCACCAUCUCUUAGUGGAGCUCUCAGGGUCAAUCCUUGGAAUGUUGAAGAAAUUCAAGAAGCUUUACAUCGGUCAAUCUUCAUGCCCAAAUCUCAGAAGCAACUGCGACAUCACAGGCAUUAUAAUUAUGUAAGUUCUCAUGAUAUAGCUUACUGGUCGAAUAGCUUUAUACAGGAUCUUGAGAGAGCUUGCAAAAAUCACAAAGCUCGAACUUGUUGGCCACUUGGACUCGGACUGAAUUUCAGAAUUCUUGCCCUUGAUCAUAGUUUUCAAAGAUUGUGCAUUGAUCAUGUUCUAUUAUCCUAUCAACGAGCAAAUAGGAGGGCGAUAUUUUUGGACUAUGAUGGUACUCUUGUGCCUAACAACUCGACUAGUAAAGAUCCAAGUACAAACCUCAUAUCCAUUCUCAAUAGGUUGUGUUCUGAUUCAAAGAAUACUGUGCUUAUUGUCAGUGGAAGAGACCGAAGUUCUCUUGGCGAGUGGUUUUCUUCGUGUGAAGCAAUUGGAAUUGCUGCAGAGCAUGGAUUUUUUAUCAGGUGGAACAAAGCAUCUGAGUGGGAGUCAAGUUCAGUUUCCGUCGAUUUUGAAUGGAAGGAAAUUGCUGAACCUGUAAUGAAAUUGUAUACUGAAGCAACAGAUGGUUCUUAUAUUGAAUCAAAAGAGAGUGCAAUAGUAUGGCAUCAUCAGUACGCCGAUUCGUAUUUCGGUCCUUUUCAAGCCAACGAAUUAUUGGAUCACCUUGAAAGUGUCCUUGCCGAUGAGCCGGUGUCUGUUAAGAAGGGUGAGCACAUUGUGGAGGUUAAACCUCAGGGAGUCAGCAAAGGCAUGGUUGUGGAAAAGCUUCUUCGGCGUUUGGUCACUGAUCAAAAGACACCUGAUUUUGUUUUGUGCAUCGGUGAUGAUAAAUCGGACGAAGAUAUGUUUGAAAGCAUUAAUGAAUGUACAACCUCCGCCGACAUGUUCACUGCAACCCCUGAGGUAUUUGCUUGCACAAUCGGCCAGAAACCAAGCAAGGCGAAGUAUUUUGUUGAAGAAACUAGCGACGUAGAUUUGUUGGAAGGCUGGAGAUUUGCUCGCUGA